AUGGGGCAGAUAGUUGGCGCAAAAGUAUUUGGAUGUAGUGGUGAGAUUACAUGGAGUGCCGGUGAGCAUUGUGUCGGAUCGGGAUCCGAAAUUCACAUCAAUCUUUUGGCAAGCUUUUCAGAAAGCGUUGGGCACCAAGGUGCAUCUGAGUACGCAUAUCAUCCGCAGACCGACGGACAGUCCGAGCGGACGAUUCAGACACUUGAGGAUAUGUUGAGAGCUUGUGUGCUAGACUGGGAAGGAAAAUGGGGAAAGUACCUCCCAUUGGUGGAAUUUGCUUAUAAUAACAGUUUUCACUCCAGUAUCGGAAUGGCUCCAUAUGAGGCUCUAUAUGGGAGACCGUGUCGUACCCAACUGUGUUGGACCGAAGUUGGGGAAAGACGAGACUUAGAGCCGGAAAUGAUUCAAGAAACAGUAGAGCAAGUUGAGUUGCUAAAAGAGAGGCUUAAAGAAGCUCACGACCGUCAGAAAAGUUAUGCGGAUCAGCAUAGAAAAGAUUUAGAGUUUGCAGUUGGUGAUGCUGUGUAUCUAAAAAUGAGGACGUUCCGAGGAACCGAUAAGAAUCGUAAGCUGAAAAAGUUGAGGCCAAGGUUCAUGGGGCCGUAUAAGAUCAUAGAGAGGAUAGGGGCUGUUGCCUAUCGGUUGGACUUACCACAAGAGUUAUCGGAUUUUCAUGAUGUGUUUCAUGUAUCUGUUUUGAGAAAAGUGGUUCGGGAACCAGAGAUGAUCUUAGCUCAGCCGCCAUUGGACGUGGGUCAAAACUUGUGUGUUACGAGUAAGCCGGUAGAAAUCUUGGACCGUCGAGAAACGGAAGUUCAUGGAAAGAAAGUAAAGUCAGUUAAAAGUCUGUUGGGAGAGAGAUGGUAUUCGUGA